AUGUCUGGUAUUGAAGAGCAUCUCACUAUUUGUUACAAGGAAACGCCAGAGGGCCUACCAAUUUACUUUGACAUCUGGCCUCCUAUGCCUGAAAAGUCGACAACGUCUGGACAAUCAAAUGGCACGAUUCCCUCAGCAUCAGUCGUUCUCUAUUUUCACGGCGGCGGAUUGACUGCUGGAAACCGACGAAGCUGGUUCCCUCUUUGGUUACAAAGACGUGCCGUAUCGUCUGGACAUGCCUUCAUAUCAGCAGAUUAUCGUCUUUUGCCUCCUGCUACAGGACAUGAUAUUGUGAAAGACAUAAAGGACUUGUUCGCAUUUCUAAAAGAUCCACUUCUGUCUUUUACGAUGCCAUCCAAACCAGGAGACGAACAAAUCAAGUUUGGGGUUGAUCCUCAAUCAAUCGUCGUUUCUGGCUCGAGUGCCGGAGGGUUUUGUGCAUACCUAGCUGCGAUAAAUUGCAUCUCCCCUAAACCCAAAGCAAUUUUAUCUUUAUAUGGCAUGGGCGGGGAUCUUUUGACUCCAACCUACCUCUCACCGAAGAAGGAUCCCUUCUUUCGGGGUCGCGAAAUAUUGGACCCAGCCGAUUUUCAAGAAUAUCUAUAUCCCUCCAUAACGACGCUUCAAGCGAUCUCUGACUCCCCGUUGGCGUAUCAUCCAGAGACAUACCACAUUCCAGGAUACCCUGCAAACCCUCGCAUGCUUCUUGUUCGUCUUUAUUUUCAACUCGGAAUUUUUUUGGAUUACUACACUGGAGAACACAACCCAAGUCUCAGCUCCAUUCUGCGGGUCGAGUUGCAACAGCAUAAAGUUGAUCCCGAUACCAUCCCUUCAAAUGAAUCCAUAAUCGCCAAAAUUCCAGAUCAACAUAGAAAUUUGUUCCCUCAACUCAGCGUAACCUCCAGCUGGCCGCCGACCAUGUUCUUGCAUGGGACCGCUGAUACUGCUGUUCCUAUCCAUGAAUCUAGACUUAUGCAUUCACUGAUAAAAGACGCGGGUGUUCCAACAGAACUAGUGGCAUUUGAGGGUCUAGAACAUUCGUUUGACUAUGAAGCUGGUGCAGAAGAAAGAUUCGGCGAACAAUUUGACGCAGCGAGGAAUUUUAUUGAUCUAUGGAUCGGAAGGAAAUCUUUAUAG